UACUUUAUAAUAAAUAUACCUAUAUUAGUAAUAGUAAUUAAGUUCGUUUAUUAUAAAAGAGUAGAUAAUAAACUAAAGCCGACUAUUUUUUAUUUUACUCCGGCUAAGAAGCUUAUCUUCUAUAUAGUUAGUACUAUUAUUACUCUAGCUCUUUAUAACUAUGCCUUCGACGCCUAG